GCGACACAUAGCCAAAGCAGCUGUCCUAUAACGAGGACAGACUUUUCACAAAAAUUACUAUCAAACGUUGUAAAAAUUGUAACGUAACAUUUCAAACUAGUCUGUAAUAGGCUGGCGAGCUAAAAAGUUGUGGCGGGAAAACGUAAAAAGAAAAUUCGUAAUAUUGUAAAUUUGUGAAGACGUGAAGACGCGAAAGAGUUCGGAAGCUCACAUACCGUUCGCAAAACGGACCACAUUCAAUGGCCACGCUGAGUGUUUUGAGUUAUAACCUGUCGCAAGGAUUAAAAAUGAACACAACAAAUACCAAAAGUAACAGCGGUUCUACAAAUACUGCCGGUAACACAAAUAUAAAGACCACCGGUAGCGGCUCAAGUAAAACUUUUACCAAAAUCACAGUGCAAAAUAUUUUAAGUGAAAAUAACGGUAAUACCUUGAAUAUUAGUAGCAACAAUGCCAAUACAAUCGUCAGAAAAAUUAAAGAUUUCGGCAUGUUUGGCACUGUUAACAAUGCCACAACCCAUAUCAAUAAAACCACUGCCAGUACCACCAAACGUCCGUUAAGUGAAACUAAGUCAAAUGUAGAUAAUAAGUUAACCCCAACUGCGGUGAAGAAACUUAAACUAACCAAAGAAGCAACAACGCCAGAGAAUGUAAAGAAAACCGCAGAAAAUUCAGGAGAAACCAAAGCAGCCACGAAUAAUACCGUACCCACAGCAAAACCUGCAGGAACACCCGGGCGAAAGGGAUUACCAUUGCCACAGGCUGUAGCUCGACGUAAUGCGCGGGAACGGAAUCGCGUUAAGCAAGUUAAUAACGGAUUUGCAGCUUUACGUGAACGAAUUCCGGAAGAAGUAGCAGAAGCUUUUGAAGCACAGGGCAAUGGACGUGGCAAUGCAAAAAAGUUAAGUAAAGUGGAAACUCUACGCAUGGCAGUUGAGUACAUACGAAGUUUGGAACGUGUUUUAGGUUUCGAUUUUCCCAUUGGCGGGAAAACUGAUAACCUUACUGCAUCAGUACUAGGUAGCUCAAGUGGUGACGACAGCUUCACCUUAAUCAAAGAUGAAUUCGACCCAUUUUCGCCUCCUAUAGACGAAGCAUACGAAGACUCUUUAAACAACUAUGAUGUGGAAGAGUAUUUUUCACCACAAGCAUUGCACAAUAAUUGUAUUAGUAAUUCAAAUAUUGACAACAAUUUCACCGAAAAUUCCAAUGAAUUCAACCAAAUUGAUAUGUUACCAAAUAUCACAACACUGAAUGGUAUGCAAUACAUUAGAAUACCUGGAACAAAUACGUAUCAGCUGCUCACCCCCGAUAUUUUCAUUAGUAAUUCAAAUUCUCCGCCAACCUCAAAUAUAAGCGAUGAUCAAUAUAAUGGCAUAAUUGACACUAAUUGCUUAAGUCCUGCAAUAACAGCAGCUAAUAACACUGAGCUACAUGCUGCGUCAACAUCAAUUAUCGCAACAACAGCUACAACAGCACCUGCUGUACAGUGUCCUCCAGUAUCAAUGAAAACUGCACCUUUAACAACAACAAGGACUCCUGCAACACGCAUUACUCAAAAAACAAACGGUGAAUGUGUAAAUUUAGCGACGUCAUCAUUAUCGCAAUCGCCCGUGCCACAAAUGUUAUCCCCCCUUGCAAGUUCAUCAUUACAUCAUCAACAACAACCAACAAUAACCACAACAACAACAGCGAACUCAACGAUAGCACAACACACAGCGACAACGCUAUCACCUGCCGCUAAUGAAGUCUUAUUGCAGACGUGUGCCACCAAUCAUUUAGGGGAAGAUACUCAGUUUAUGGCACCAACUGCCCCACAACAACAACACCAACAACAACAGCAGCAGCAGCAGCGUCAGCAACAACUUCAAAUGCAUUUAAAGCCACACAUUAUAAAGCAAGAAUAUAUUGAAACAGAAUAUGUGUCCUCAACUCCCUCCCCUUCUUCCAGCUCUCCAACAUCCGCACAAAUGUACCCAGCCUCAAGCAAUGAACAACAACAAUUAUUACUUAAUCACACAACGAUUUCAAUGUCACCGCCGCUGGAUCGCUGUAAUGCAACGAACUCGGGAACACUUGCAGCCACCACAGGACUGCAAUCAUUCUUCGAACAGGAUCGGAACGGUUCUUUCUAUGAAGGUGUUGUCACAUUCAAAAAAGAACUUAACGACGUUCUGUUGGACACUUCAGUGGCGACUACUGCACUCUCGGAUGAGAGUAUGAUUGAGGCGAUAGAUUGGUGGGAGGCGCAUACUCCAAAAUCUGAUGGUGGUUCAGUUAUAAUUUGAGGCACAUAUUGAUAUGUAUACGGGAUGAAGGGUACAGGGUACCACUAUAAACCAAACAAAA